CUGGCCCCUCCUCCUACCCUCUUCAGUUCAUGUGUACGCUUUAUGGCUGACUGUCUUAGACGGACGUGAAGGAACAUGUCGGGAAUAGCAGAAAUGUCUGAAGAAAUUUCGGAAUUGAAAGAACCUAAACCAAGCGGGGAAGAGGGCGAUGAGGAGCCAGAGAUUGACGAUGUUAGCUACGAACACCAAGGCGGAUAUGUGUUUUACAGGCCUUUCUGUCAAUCUCAUUACAGGGACAGGAAAGAGUGGGCUGACCUUGUACCAGUUCCACAGGAUGACGGCCCCAAUCCCAUUGUGAAGAUAGCAUAUUCAGAGAAAUUCACUGAUGUGUAUGACUAUUUCCGAGCACUGCUGAAGAAAGAUGAAAAAAGUGACAGGGCAUUCACACUGACAGCUGAAGCAAUCGAACUCAAUGCUGCCAAUUACACUGUAUGGCACUACCGUCGAGUGUUACUACAGGCCUUGGAAAAAGAUUUGAGAGAGGAGAUGCGUUAUAUUACCACCAUCAUUGAGGACCAACCCAAAAACUACCAAGUCUGGCACCAUAGACGCAUGGUAGUAGAGUGGCUGAAUGACCCCUCCGAGGAACUGGAGUUUAUCGCAGACAUCCUCAACCAGGACGCCAAGAACUACCAUGCUUGGCAGCAUCGACAAUGGGUUAUCCAGGAAUAUAAACUAUGGGAUAGUGAGCUGGAGUAUGUGGAGCAGCUGUUGGAGGAGGAUGUGCGGAAUAAUUCUGCAUGGAAUCAGAGGCAUUAUGUCAUAUCCCACACCACAGGGUACUCCGACCCUGUUGUACUGGACAGAGAAGUGCAGUACUGUUUAGAGCAAAUCAAGAAGGCUCCGCACAAUGAGAGUGCCUGGAACUAUCUCAAAGGUAUCCUGCAGGACCAUGGGCUGUCUUCCUACCAAGGGCUGUUGGAGCAGGUGCUGCAGCUCCAGAAGUGUCAUAGCUCAGCCUAUCUGACUGCCUUUCUGGUGGACAUCUAUGAAGACAUGUUGGAGUGUACUGGUGACCACCGAGAGAAGAAUCUAUUCAAAGCCUUGGAGCUUUGUGAUGUCCUGGCUGGAGAGAUGGACCCCAUACGCAGCGAGUACUGGAAAUACGUGGCCCAGUCCCUGCAACACAAGUAUGGCACUAACUACAGUGCUGGCAACCCUCCCUCAUCCAAGGAAUCGCAGAAGACUGCCAAUGACUGACAGAAAGGAACCGUGCUUUGCCCCUCCCUGCACCUGCUGGCACAUUUCUUCUCAGCAGUACUGAGUUUUGUUAUCCCUUAUGCAAGACUAAAUAAUGUAUUUUAGUCCAAGCAUUUUCUGUCAUAUUUUCUAUGGUAAAUUAUGUCUGUGGCUGUUGAAGAUGCUUGAAGAUUGAAAUGUUGCCAAUAUACUGUACAGCAAAGCUCUGCAUUGCUUAGACUGUAAUGUAUUUUUUACUCUAGCACUCAUAAUAAUAAAAUGGUAUAAAUCAUUA